CGACGUGUCGACGAUGGAGUUUGCGACAAAAGACCAUUCCAAGCGCGGUCAGCGAUAUGACGCGCUACACAACGCUGAUGACGAUUCUGGUUCGCACACCGAGGUGGAGGACCAUUGGGAUACCGAGAACGCCAUUCAGCCCAGGCGGAGAAGGAAAACAUUUUGGAGAAGAGUGAAGGGGUGCCGGUGGAUGAUCGACACCACACUUUUGCUCGUUAUUGUAGGGCUGCUGGCAGAGAAGCGAUGGCAGCACCACACAAAAAGCCACGAGUACCAAAUCGCUGGUGACAUUACUGGAUUUGCACCAACCUUUCGUCAGCAGAUUGUGACUUUCAAGCCUGACUCUGCUUUCGCGCCCGAGGAUCCGACACAGUUCUGGAGUAACGAGACACAGCACGCAUGGCUGAGCAUAGUACCAGAGGGUCUAGGAUACGUCGAGGUGAAGAAGCCGUCGGAAUACUCAAACCUGCCACACCCGAUCCACGACUAUACCAACCAGACGGUCUUUACCACGUCGGUUACACACCAGUUGCAUUGCCUCUACACCGUACUAGAAGCGUACAAUUCGAUGAAGAUUGCCAUUGCCUCGCCGGCAUCGGCGAACCCGGUCAAGAUGCCGUGGCACAUCAACCAUUGUUUCGAAUACCUUAGACAAGCCAUCAUGUGCGCGGGAGACGUGGCGCUCGAGGGGGCCGCGACGAGCUUCCCAGGGAACGAGCACGGUGAAGAUAGAGGGGGCAGCGAUGGCUGGGAUGCAAAGCACGUGUGCAAAGACUACGGCGAGAUAUACAAGUACCUGGAGAAGGAGACGAUCAAUCACAUGAAGUGGAUCUCGUCCGAGUAG